AUGGCUGCUCUUCAGCGCGAAUUGGUCUCGGCACAGCUUCCUGCCGGGACAUGCGGAGGUGGUACCUUCCUUCCAUACUCUGUCCUGGAAGAGAAGGUAACCAUGCAGGUGGUCACAAACACGCUAUCCCGUCGAAAAAGCAAGUCUCCGGAAACGAUAUCGAAAAUUUCAUCCUUUGUCUGUGGAAAUCCUGGGGCAAGGAGAGUGUUUGCGAUUCUUGUCUACAUUAGCCACGCUAAAGUGAUUGACCUAUUCUACAAGUUUAAGUUUAUCGACUCCAUUCUCCCUGUCUACAUCGACAAAACCGGCAAAGUUAGGACCCAUUCCAAGGAAAAGGGCGAUUCUGAAAUCACCAAAAAGGUCUUUUCCGACGAGUUUUGGGUAGAAGACGUUUCGCCUUGGGUUUUCCACGACGCCCAAUGGCAAUUCCUUGGCCCGAUCUUCAACGAACGUCAAUUCAGAUACUCGUUCCGUAAUGAAUACCGAAUGCCGUUCUUGGAGCAACAUGGCGGGCACAGAGAAAGUCAUUUCAGCAUGGUGGGAAAGUGGUCUAUUCACCAGUCUCACUUCAAGGGAAGCUCAAGACUUCGCCUAUCGGUUGACACAGACGGACAUCCGGUUGUAGCAGUGAAAGAGCUGAAAAAGGUCAACAUGAACGGUGAAGAAUACGAGCGCGCAGCCGAGGCUGAAGCAGAAGUUCUACAAAUGAUCCGUGAAAUGGAGCAUCCACAUCUCAUUAAGGCAAUCGCUUACUACAAAAGGGGCGAUCGGUACUCUAUCGUUUUCCCAUGGGCUGGAGGUGGCAACCUCCGAGACUACUGGGGCAGAGAACCGCCUCGCAAACUCGAUGGAGAUUUUGUUGGCUGGGCUCUUGGUCAGCUCUGUGGCCUGGCUGGUGCGAUGAAGAAGCUUCAUUCGGCAAACGACUCCGCUUGUCGACACGGGGACCUGAAGCCGGAGAACAUCCUUUGCUUCGAAGGCAGCAGAGGCUCUGACCCGUUUUCUCAGCCAUUUCUCGUCAUUGCAGAUGUUGGUUUAGCAAAAGUUCAUACCUUAGCGACAGAGAUGCGCAACGAAGCUACGCGCACAUUGAACGGAACCGUCAUGUACGAGCCACCCGAAGCUGUGCUAUUGCUAACGAAGAAACUACCGCGAUCGCGACGUUACGACGUCUGGUCCAUCGGCUGUAUCUAUUUCGAGUUUCUCAUUUGGCUCUUAUAUGGAAAGGCCGAGCUGAUUCGCUUUGGUGAGGACAUAACUCAUCCCGUGAACCGAACCCGUCAGUUCUUCGAUGUACUCGGAUCUGGAGUGACUGGGGCGGCCAAGAUCAAAACCGACGUUCAGAAGUGGAUGGACUGGAUCAGGAGGGACCCUAGGUGCCCACCGAACACUGCUAUUCGAAGGCUACUGGAGCUCAUUUGCACACGAUUACUAGUCGUAGAGGUAGGUAAGACGAGAACAGAGUCAUCUGGAAGCGCAGGUACCCCCGACAGCGCCACCCUGCACGCGGCCAAUGGUCCAGAUAAUCCCAGCAUUAUUCGAUCGGAUACCAACAGCAGCUUCAACGGCAACAUCGCCGACGAUCUUCGUUAUCGCGCGACUUCAACCGAAAUGCAUGAAGCGCUGGCUAGCAUUCUCAAAGACGCUUCAGGCACAAAGCCAAAGAUUGCGUGGAUGAGCUGGCAGGCCAGCCCAGAUAUCAACACAGCACGGGAGCUGGCCAAGGAAUUCAACAUCUUUCGCCAACCACCACUGAAGAAUACGGUUGCGAUCCUUUGCCCUCGAUGCAAGGACCUCCAACAGCGGCUUUGGUCUCAUAGGUUUUCCUUUUCUGACAACCUCGAAGCACUGGCGAAAAGAGUGCGGAUUUGUGAUCUUUGUCACCUGCUUUGCGUUUCUCUUGAGCCUAUGAUGGCCAAGAGCUACGGGGAGAUUCAAUUUGAAAAGUUCAACAGCUAUUUGACGUCAAGCGUGAGGCCCGGACGGCCAGUCGCAGUCUUCUACAGCUUGCCAGGUGAGGACAACAACGGUUCCGCUUAUUCAGCUGAUGCUAACUUUGAGCUUCAGAGAAGCCUUUACUUGGUUCGCAGAUGGGGAUGCCAUUGCUUCCGGCAGCCGGCAGUCCAGCGCACAUCGCAGUACUAUCAACAUGGAUGCGGGUCUGCGACGAUACGCACGAAUGCAGCCCAAUAUCAGACACCACAUUUCUUCCAACGCGGGUUAUCGAUGUCGGAUCUAAAAAAUUUGAAACAUGCCGAUUACUUUGCGCAGAUCGUGGGCAAACGAAUCCAGGGAAAUAUUUAG